AUGGGCCGCCCGCUGCUGGUGCUGCUACUGUGGGCUCAGACCUGCAUUCCAGUCUCCUGGGGCCUGCGGUGCAUGCUGUGUAAGGCUACCGGGAAUUGCAGGGUGGAAGAGUGUGCCCCCGGCCAGGACCUCUGCAGGACCACGGUCCUGCGCAUAUGGGAAGAAGGUGAUGAGCUGGAGGUGGUGGAGAGAGGCUGUACCCACCCAGAAAAGACCAACAGGACCAUGAGCUAUCGGACUGGCAUGCAGAUCAUCACCCUGACAGAGGCCGUGUGUGGGUCAGACUUGUGCAACCAGCCCAGUCCCGGCCAGGUUUCUACCUUUCCCCAAAGCCGUUACCUCGAAUGUGCUUCCUGUGCCUCGUCAGAUCUGAGCUGUGAGAGGGGCUGGGACAAGACCCUGCAGUGCCGCAACCCUGGAGAACAGUGCCUGGAUGUGGUAACCCACCAGAGCCUGGAAGGUGAGCCCCAACCUGCCAGGGAUGAGCGCCACUCCCGAGGCUGUGGCAAACUUCCUGGCUGCCCAGGCCCCACUGGCUUCCACAACAACCACACCUUCCACUUCCUGCGGUGCUGCAACACCACCAAAUGCAAUGGGGGCCCAGUCCUGGAGCUUCAAAACCUGCCACUGAACGGCUUCCAGUGUUACAGCUGUGAGGGGAACAGCACCCAUGGAUGUUCCUCUGAAGAGACUUCCCUCACUGACUGCCGAGGCCCCAUGAAUCAAUGUCUGGAAGCCACUGGCACUAAUGGACUGGGGAACCCAAGCUACACCAUAAGAGGCUGUGCAACCCCCUCCUGGUGCCAAGGCCUCCAUGUGGCUGAAGCUUUCAGGCUCACCCAUCUCAACGUCUCUUGCUGUACUGGAAAUGGCUGUAACCAUCCAGCCCUGGUUACCCAGCCCCACACGGGGGGUGCCCCCCUGCCUGGCCCUGCACACCUCAGCCUCUUUGUCACCCUGCUUAUGACUGCCAGACUGUGGGGAGGUACUUUCCUCUGCACCUGAACCCCACAAUCCCACUGCCCUGGCUGGAUCCAGGGGACCCCUUUGCCCUUCCCUUAGCUCC